GCACACGAGGCCCGCAGCGUGUCCGUGACGUCCUUCAUCCUGAGCCUGGUGCACCAGCUGGCCCAGAGCGAGGCGCUGCCGGGCUACGCGGCCCGCCUGUCCGAGCCGGCCAUCCGCGCUGCCCUGGACGUGCGGGCCUGCGACCGGGACCCGGACGCCGCCUUCCGCACCGCCGUCCUCUUGCCGCUCCUCGAACUCGGCGACUCCCGACCUGCCGGCAAAACCUUUUGCAUCCUCGUCGACUCGGUGGACCAGCAACAGGCCCUGAAAGACCGAGGAAAGAAAAAAGAGGUGGCGGAAGAAGACGAAGAAGAAGCAGAAGAACGACACCGCGUCGACCUCAUGAUGCGGCAGCUGCAAGACAUGGACUUGUCCGCCGUCGACGCCGACCAUCGCACUCUGCUCCACUGUGCCGCCAACGACGGCGACGUCCGUCUCGUGGCUGCUCUCGUGGCCCGAGGCCUGGACGUGUGUGCCGAGGACAAGGACGGACAGACGGCGUUGAGUCUGGCUGCUCGCCAGGGCCACACGACGGUCGUGGCCCAGUUGCUGAGAGCAGGAGCCGAGUGCGACCACGCGGACGCCGACGGCUGGAGUCCCCUGCGGGCAGCAGCCUGGGCGGGCCACCUGGCCGUCGUCGAGGCCCUGCUGCACCACGGGGCCAGUGUGGACUCGGUGGACGCAGACAAUAGGACAGCUUUGCGGGCAGCAGCCUGGGGAGGACACGACGACAUCGUCCGCAGACUGGUGAGCAAAUACAGUUCAGUGACGGCGCUCAUCGCCGCCGCCUACAUGGGCCACUGCGAGAUCGUGGAGCUGCUGCUGGACAGUGGCGCCGACGUGAACCACGAGGACUCGGACGGGCGCACGGCGCUGUCGGUGGCGGCGCUGUGCGUGCCGGCCAACGAGGGCUACGCCCGCGUGGUGCACACGCUGCUCACGCGUGGCGCCCGGGUGGACCACGAGGACAAGGACGGCAUGACGCCGCUGCUGGUGGCCGCCUUCGAGGGACACAGUAACUAG